CGUGGAGAACAUCACCGGAAAACAACGCCGGAUGUUUAUAUGAAAUCGCGCGAUAUCAGGCCCAACGAGAUCUCCGACCGUUCUUUUCCCCGGAACAUCAGGCAAGAUGGCGGAUACCGAGAUCAAGAAGAAGCGUACCUUCAGGAAGUUCACCUACAGAGGUGUGGACCUGGACCAGCUUCUGGACAUGUCCUAUGAGCAGCUCAUGCAGCUGUACUGUGCCCGCCAGAGGAGGAGGCUCAACCGUGGCCUGCGCCGCAAGCAGCAGUCCCUCCUGAAGCGCCUGCGCAAGGCAAAGAAAGAGGCUCCCCCCAUGGAGAAACCUGAGGUGGUGAAGACCCAUCUGAGGGACAUGGUCAUCCUGCCUGAGAUGGUCGGGUCCAUGGUUGGAGUGUACAAUGGCAAGACUUUCAACCAGGUUGAAAUCAAGCCUGAGAUGUGCGGACACUACCUGGGCGAGUUCUCCAUCACCUACAAGCCAGUCAAGCACGGUCGCCCCGGUAUUGGAGCCACACAUUCUUCUCGUUUCAUCCCUCUGAAGUAGAAUGGCUGUAUUCUUUGUAUAAAUAAAAAUGGUCUCCAAAAA